UCCUCUCACUCGACUGCUUCCCUCCUCCUUCUACCUGCUCCUCCUCGCACGGACUUGGAUCUUCAGAACCACAAGGCGAUUUGGACUGGUUUAUCGCUCUUGUGGUGGAGAGGAAGCAGCGAUUUCCUCCGCCGUGGACCUGCGGAGUUUGGCGUGCUUUGAUGCGCUGCGUGUAAUGGGGAAAAGUGGACUGAGAAGUGGAAUAGCCCUCGGAGGUUGGAGCGGGCUGAGGAUGUGCGCCACGCCGGGACUCGCGCUUCUCCUCCUGGUGCUGACACACUCCGGAGUCGCCCAAGUGAGAGAUGAUGAUGAUUUCCUCAGCCUGAGUGAGCUCCCUGAAACCUUCCCGUCAGAUCCCCCGGAACCCUUACCCCACUUCCUGUUUGAGCCAGAGGAAGGCUACAUUGUCAAGAACAGGCCGACGACUCUGUACUGCAAGGCCACGCCGGCCACACAGAUCUACUUCAAGUGCAACAGCGAGUGGGUGCAUCAGAAAGAUCACACUGUGGAGGAAAGAGUGGAUGAAAACUCAGGUCUGGUGGUGAGAGAAGCCAGCAUCGAAAUAUCACGUCAGCAGGUGGAGGAGCUUUUUGGUCCGGAAGAUUACUGGUGUCAGUGUGUCGCUUGGAGCUCAGCCGGAACCACGAAGAGCCGGAAGGCACACGUGCGCGUGGCUUACCUGAAGAAGAUGUUUGAGCAGGAGCCCCUGGGGAAGGAAGUAUCUCUGGAGCAGGAAGUGCUGUUGCAGUGUCGCCCACCUGAGGGCAUCCCAGCAGCAGAGGUGGAGUGGUUGAAGAACGAGGAGAUCAUCGACCCAGCUGAGGACCGCAACUUUUACAUUACGGUCGACCACAACUUGAUCAUCAAGCAGGCCCGUCUCUCAGACACAGCCAACUACACGUGUGUCGCCAAGAACAUUGUGGCCAAGCGGCGCAGCACGACGGCUACUGUCAUUGUCUACGUGAAUGGCGGUUGGUCUACCUGGACAGAGUGGUCAGUGUGUAACAGCCGCUGCGGCCGUGGCUUUCAGAAAAGAACUCGGAGCUGCACCAACCCUGCUCCUCUCAACGGAGGUCUUCCUUGUGAUGGACAGGCUAUCCAGAAGCUCUCCUGCACCACCCUCUGCACAGUGGACGGUGACUGGACCGAGUGGAGUAAGUGGUCAGCUUGUGGAACGGAGUGCACCCAGUGGAGGAGGAGGGAGUGCAACAACCCAGCGCCCCAAAAUGGAGGAAAGGACUGUGAGGGACUGGUUCUUCAUUCUCAGAACUGUACCGACGGACUCUGUAUGCAAAGUUCAUUGUUUCAGAAGUCCACUGAGCCCAAAGAAAAGAGUGAUUUGGGAUUCACAUCGGCUCCGAGCACGGACGACGUGGCUCUGUACGUGGGCAUCGUCAUCGCCGUCAUCAUGUGCCUGGUCAUCUCCGUCAUCGUCGCGCUCUUCGUCUACCGCAAGACUCACCGAGACUUUGACUCUGACAUCAUCGACACGUCGGCGCUCAACGGAGGCUUUCAGUCUGUGAAUAUAAAAUCUGCGAGGUCAGACCCGCUCCCCAACUUGAAGAUAAAAGUCUACAACUCCUCCAGUCUGGUCACACCUCAGGAUGAACUGGGAGGAGACUUCACAUCCAAACUCUCCCCUAAGAUCACUCAGUCUCUCUUGGACAACAGCGACACGAUGAACCUCCGGAACCAAACCCUGGCCCGCACGAGGGACCCGUCCUGUACUGCUCACGGCUCAUUCAACAACCAGGGCGGACACCUGAUCGUUCCCAAUUCUGGUGUGAGCCUGCUGGUGCCGGCCGGCGCGGUUCCACCGGGGCGAGUGUACGAGAUGUAUGUGACAGUGCACAGGAAGGACAGCCUGAGACCCUUGGUGGAGGACAUCCAGACUGUGCUGAGUCCGGUAGUGAGCUGCGGACCCCCUGGAGCCCUCCUGACCAGACCGGUGAUUCUCACCAUCCACCACUGUGCCGACAACGUCCAGGAGGAUUGGCUCAUACAGCUUAAAAACCAACUGGCUCUGGGAGAGUGGGAGGAUGUGGUGGUCGUGGGUGAAGAGAACUUCACCACCCCCUGCUAUGUGCAGAUGGAUUCAGAGGCAUGCCACAUCCUCACGGAGACACUGGGGACUUACUGCCUGGUGGGACAGUCUGUCGGCAAAGCAGCUGCCAAGAGACUGAAACUGGCAGUUUUUGGACCCGUCUCCUGCACCACUUUGGACUACCACAUCAGGGUCUACUGUCUGGAUGACACACAGGAUGCCCUCAAGGAGGUACUUCAGAUGGAGACACAGAUGGGAGGGAAGCUGCUGGAUGAGCCAAAGACUCUGAACUUUAAAGAUAGCACACACAAUCUGAGACUGUCGAUCCACGACGUGCCGCACACGCUGUGGAAGAGCAAGCUCAUCGCCAAGUAUCAGGAGAUCCCCUUCUACCAGGUCUGGAGUGGCAGUCAGAGAAGCCUUCACUGCACCUUCACGCUGGAGCGGCUGAGCGCCGCCAUCACCGAGGUCAGCUGCAAGCUGUGUGUGCGGCAGGUGGAAGGAGAAGGACAGAUCUUUCAGCUCAGCAGCACUCUGGAGGAGGAGCUCCAGUGCAUAGACACGUCCCUGAUGGACCCUGCCAGCAACAUCACCACCCUUGUGGGACCCAACGCCUUUCGCAUCCCUUUAUCCAUCAGGCAGAAACUGUGUGGAAGUCUUGACGCGCCCCAGACCAGAGGCAACGACUGGAGGAUGCUGGCGCACAAGCUCAACCUUGAUAGGUACCUGAAUUACUUUGCCACCAAGUCCAGUCCCACCGGGGUGAUCCUGGACCUGUGGGAGGCGCAGCACUUCCCCGACGGAGACCUGAACGAACUGGCCGCCGUGCUGGAGGAGAUGGGCCGCCACGACAGCAACUUCUCCACCAUAACAACGGAACAUUGACAAAGCAGCAGACGGCUUCUGUACUGAAACACGACCUGAGUCGAGGUGUCGCCAUGGUGACUCAGCAUCGGUCUAAAGCCAUGUCAAUCACGUCGGCAUGGUUACUGACGGAACUGAGGCUGAAUCCCAGUGACUUGGUGUUGGCAUCAUAUCUUUCGUGAGCAUCGUUGUUUGUGACUGAAGCAGAGAAAACACCCCACCAACAACAACCAAAAACACAUGAGUAACGAAACACCCCUUCUUCUCCUUGGAAGAUGGAAUAUUACAUGCAAGCAAAAAGGGAGGCAACGGGAGCUAAUUUCAUUUCAAAAGGUUGAUGAGAGUGAAGCUAAGGAAGAGCAGGACGGAGACCAGACGAGGUCCUUAUAUCGUUUCCUAGGGAACGCUUUACGUAUUUCCAUAUGUGUGGAUCAAUUCCAGUGAGUUGGAGCGGAAGUGACACCGUUUGAAGCUGAGUCACUGCUGCUCUUACAAGUCACUGAUGGAUCGAAACGGUUGUUUCUGAAAACAGGGAGGAACGACAACACAUCUUAAAAGCCGCCGCUGAAUCAUCUAUUUAAGUUUGAGUUUAAUUUAAGUUGUACUCAAAUCCCUCCUCUGCGGACACUUUGCGAUCGGGAAUGGGACUCUAGCACCAUCUAGUGGCCGCCGAUUCUUUUUGUAAUCUGAGACGUGUACAUAUAUUCUGAUAUGAGUUUGUUUAGCGCUUAUAAUUUUGUUGUUAUAACUAUGGCAUGUUGUGUAUUUGCUUUACUUCCGUUUUUUUUUUUUUUUAACAAGAGUGACUUUAUAAAGGUUUACAAACUUGUCGUUACAGUGUAAAAACAGUGGCAAAAUUCCAAAGUCGGUUGUGUAUAUGUGGGUUCACUAGUUCGCAUCAUGGAUUAUUUGGUUUCAGAUUUAAAAAAUCAGAACAGAAGUGGUUUUCAUUGAAUGACAAACGAAAAUACGAGCGUAAUAAUAAUAAAUAUGAAACUGUUGGAGCUUCAAUUCAUGCACCAAACAGUGAGCCCACAUUCAUGGUGUGUUUAAGUGCCUGUAAAUAAUUUCCAAAAAUAUAUAUAUUAUCAUGAUUCAAUCCUUUGAAAACCUUUAUAACAGUGAGUCUUGUGUUUUGUUUUGUUUUUUUUAUCAAACUGGAUGUCACAUGACGAUGGUUCGUGAUUUAACAGCUUGUUUCAAUCAACAUUCCCAUUGAUUUGUCAAAGACGUGAGUUGGUUAAAUGCAGUGUCAGCAUAAUUUAGAAAGGCCUUAUUUUAACGUUCAGAAGCAGAGGACUAAGGAAAGACGCCAUAUGUGACGGAACAUCAGGUAUGUAGAGGAGAUACUGAGGGACACUGAGGAGUCCGGCUGUAACCAGAUCGACCAGAUUUCUUGGCUUUAAAAUGAUGACAUGAGACCUGUAUCCCUCGAACCUGACCUGGGAGACAUGGAAGUAUUUUUCCAAGCCCUAUUGGCUCAAAAGAGGGUGUGGAUGAGUCAAGUCAGCCCAUUGACCCUAAAGGGAGCAGAAUGCGGCACCUACGAUGCCAAGUCCCGAAGGGAGGCAGUCCCUCUCCGGGUGGAGUCCCGUGCUCCUCGUCUUUUUGUGUCCAGCGGGUGCUCAGUUGUGUUCAGUCAUUCGGCUUCACAUUGUUCAAACCGCGGUGCAGGUAGAUACUAGUAAAUCUUUUUCAGUCUUCUUCUUUUUUUUUAAACCGGAAAGCAGUGUCUACUAUGCAAACUUGGCAUCAGUUACCAUGAGAGAAGUCUCUAUCUAUAGUUGUGCUUGUAAGUGCAUUUUUAUUUUGUACUAUUAUCAGGGGUCAUUUUGGUGGACAAGGUGGUGUUUAUUUUGGACUAAUUCUGGCACGCUUCAUGAACCUUUCUCUCGAUCUCGAUUCUCUCGCCUCUUUAUCUCCUCUAUUUGUUUGCUGUACAAAGUGUAAUAAAGAAUUUUUAAGACUAUUAAUAAA